AUCCAAGGUGAUUUCAGUUACCACCGAGCAACUCAACUUAGCAGUGGGAUUCAAGCAGGAGCUCAAGAAGUUCCGUGUGGUGCUGAGCAUGGUAAGGGGCGUGCUGCAAGAUGCUGAGGAGAAGAAGGUGACGGGUCACUCUGAUCUGCAACCUUGGCUUCAGGAACUGGGAAAUAUAGUUGAUGAAGCUGACAAUGUGGUAGAUGAGAUUGCAUAUGAACAUCUAAGGUACAAGGUGGCUCAAAAACAAAUGUGGAAAAAGGUCAGCUGUUUCUUUACUCUUUCUAAUCCUUUAGCUUUUCGCCUUAAGAUAGCUAAGAGGAUUAAGGAUUUGAAUUUAGAUCUAGCUAGCCUUAAUGAUUGGGCCACUGGACUAGGGCUUCAACAUAGACUUGCAAACAAGCUUCCUGAACAUGUAGAAUUCCAACAAACAAAUUCCUCACUUGAUGAUCCAUUGGAGAUUGUAGGAAGAAAAAAUAAAGUCCUAGAAGUAGUUCAGUCGUUGAUUGAUUCAAGUAAUGGUGUUGAUCUCCCUGUUGUAUCCAUAGUUGGUAUGGGAGGCAUAGGCAAAACUACUUUGGCAAAACUAGUGUACAACAAUGAGUUGAUAGAGAAACAAUUUUACCAAAAAAUGUGGGUUUGUGUUACUGAAAAUUUUGAUGACAAACAAAUAUUAGCAACGAUGCUGAAAUCUCUCAUCACUAAUGAGGCCGAUCAUGUGGAUUUUAAAGAUAAAGACGCUGUAGUUCAAAAACUUAAAGAAAAGUUUGUGCAGAGAAACUCUUCUGAAAAGAUUGAGGAGAAAAACUAUCUCCUCAUUCUAGAUGAUGUAUGGAAUGAAGAAAAGCCAGAAUGGGAGAAGUUACGAAAAUGUUUGUUGGGAAUAGGCAAAAAGGGUGGGAGUAGGGUUCUUGUCACAACUAGAAAUGAGAAAGUAGCUUCCAUAAUGGGAACCAAGAACAUGCAUAGUCUUGCCAAGCUAGAAAAGGAGGAUUGUUGGUCUAUUAUCAAGCUUAGAGCAUUUGGCAACUCUUCUAUUUCUUCGGAAUUGGAGACCAUUGGAGAGAAAAUUGCUGAGAAAUGUAAAGGUGUGGCAUUAGUUGCAAAUAUUAUAGGGGGGACUUUGCGCAAUAAUACGAACUUAGAUGAUUGGAAAUCUAUUAGAGAUAGUAAUGAAGCAUGGCAUUCAAUAGAAGAGGCUAAUGAAGUGUUCCCUAUAUUACAAUUGAGUUUUGAUCGGUUGCCAAUACCUGCUUUAAAACAAUGUUUUGCUUUUUGCUCUAUUUUCCCCAAAGACUUUGUCAUGGAAAAGGAGAUGUUAAUCCAGCUCUGGAUGGGUGAAGGAUAUCUUCAACCGUCUAGAAAAAGCUACAAGAAGAUGGAAGAUAUUGAUGGCAAAAAAAGCUACAAGGAGAUGGAAGAUAUUGGUGGCAAGUAUUUCAAUGACUUGUUCUCAUACUCCUUAUUUCAAGAUGCAGUAAAAGACUCUUAUGGCAAUAUUAUUUCUUGCAAAAUGCAUGAUUUAAUACAUGAUCUAGCACAAUCUGUUUCAGAGUCUCAAACAUUGAUUUGGGAUCGUAGUAGUAGUAGUGAUACUCCUGCAGACAUUCAGCAUUUGGAGGAUGGUAGUAGUAGUGAUAUUCCUAGAGACAUUCGGCAUUUGAAUCUCAUUUUUGAGGAGGGUAUGCCAAAAAUGGAAAUUGGGGAACUGCGUACCUUGUUUUCACGAGUUGAUGUUUCUCAAAGCAAGCUUGAAAACUUUAUAAAGGUGCGAGUUCUCAGUUUCUGUGGUGCUAAUAUUGAUGAGUUGCCAGCUUUUUUGGGGAAAAUGAAGCAUUUAAGAUUUAUGAAUUGUCCGAAAAUCAAGAGGCCUUUGAAAGGAAUAUGGGAUUUAGUCAAUUUGAGACACAUUUAUUUCAAUGAUGAAAACCUUAUGCCAGCUGGGAUUGGUAGAUUGACUUGUUUGAAAACAUUACAAUUAUUUGUUGUGAGCCAACAGAAGGGAUUUCAAAUUGAAGAAUUGGGAUGUUUAAGCCAACUCAGGGGAAAAUUAGAGAUUUGCAAUUUGGAUAUGGUUAGAGACAAAAAAGAAGCCAUGGGAGCAAGACUUUCUAAAAAGGCUACAAUUCAAGAGUUGCAAUUGGUGUUUGGUAAAAAGCGUACAAUUGAAGACCGGCAAUCACCGUCGAGUGAGGAAUCCAGUGGCAGUGAAGAUAGAUGCAAACAUGAUGAAGAUAUCUUGGAAGACCUCCAACCUCAUUCAAAUUUGAAAGGCCUAACUAUUGAACGCUACUGUGGUAAAAGCUGUCCUUCAUGGAUGUUAGAAACAAAAAAUUUUCUCAAAAAUCUGAUGUUCAUGACCUUUUAUGAAUGUCCUUGGUUGGAAAGCAUUCCAUCACUUUCACUUAGCAAUGAGGCAGAGUUAGAAAUUAAAAAUUGCAAGAAUUUGGAAAGGAUUGCAUAUUCGUCCCUUCAGAAACUCAUCAUUGAGAACUAUGAAGAACUAGUUCAGGUAGAGGUUGCACCAGUUGCCAUGUCCAGUGUAUAUGGGUUGUCCUCUCUUCAAAAAAUUGAAAUAAGCAGGCGUAAGCAAUUGAAAAGCAUAGGAGAGGAUUUAUCUACUGCCACGUGUCUCAAAGAGUUGACUAUAAGGAAGUGCUAUGGUUUGAUGUCCUUUCCGAGCCUCCAUGGGCUGUCCUCUCUUCAAAAAAUUGAUAUAUACGACUGUGGGCAAUUGAAAAGCAUAGGAAAGGAUUUAUCUACUGCCACGUGUCUCAAAGAGUUGACUGUAAGCUGCUGCAAUGGAGAGGAUUUAUCUACUGCCACGUGUCUCAAAGAGUUGACUGUAACCUGCUGCGAUGGUUUGAUGUCCUUUCCGAACCUCCAUGGGCUGUCCUCUCUUCAAAAAAUUGAAAUAGGCUGGUGUGAGCAAUUGGAAAGCAUAGGAGAGGAUUUAUCUACAGCCACAUGUCUCAAAGAGUUGACUGUAGAGGGGUGCCAUGGUUUGAUGUACUGUCCGAACCUCUAUGGGCUGUCCUCUCCGAACCUCCAUGGGCUGUCCUCUCUUCAAAAAAUUAAAAUAGCCGAUUGUUGGCAAUUGGAAAGCAUAGGAGAGGAUUUAUCUACUGCCACAUGUCUCAAAGAGUUGACUGUAGAGGGGUGCAAUGUUUUGAUGUCCUUUCCAAACCUCCAUGGGCUGUCCUCUCUUCAAAAAAUUGAAAUAUCCUUCUGUAGGAAAUUGAAAAGCAUAGGAGAGGAUUUAUCUACUGCCACGUGUCUCAAAAAGUUGUUUAUAUGGUGGUGCGAAGAUUUGAUGUCCUUUCCGAACCUCCAUGCACUUUCAUCUCUUCAGACUUUAGUGAUAAGGGGUUGUGGAUUAAGAAGUUUGCCAAGUGGGUUGCCAUCAUGCACUGCUCUUGAGGAAUUGGAUAUCUCCUACUGUCAUAAUCUAAUCUCUAUUCCAGAUGAUUUGAGCACCCCUAACCUUGCCUGCCUUGCUCGCCUGAAGGAGGUGACUAUUGGUGGUUUCUCAACAGAGCUCAAGGAAUUUCCAUAUCUGGGCUUCAUCGGAUCUCAUCUUAAAGAACUGACUUUGAUUGGCUACUGCGAAUCUUUGAAACAUAUGGAAGCCAUCCAACGCCUCUCCAAAUUAGAAAGCCUUCAUAUUGUUGAAUGCCCUAAGUUAAAGGAAACAUGCACCAGAGGAAGUGGAGCCGAGUGGGACUGCAUCUCUCACAUUCGAAACAUCAAAAUAGACUACGGAUGGAUCCAACGCGAAGGAGCUCCCAUUGAGGAUGAUGAUAGUGAGCAGCAGGUUGAUGAUGAUAGUGAGCAGCAGUUUGAUGAUAGUGUGCAGCAAGAUGAUGAUAGUGAGCAGUAGUUUGAUGAUAAUGAGCAGCAAGAUGAUGAUAGUGUGCAGCAGGUUGAUGAUAAUGAGCAGCAAGAUGAUGACAGUGGGUAGCAGGUUGAUGAUAAUGAGCAGCAAGAUGAUGACAGUGUGCAGCAGGUUGAUGAUAAUGAGCAGAAAGAUUGAGAGGUUGGACUUUAUUCGCCAAAUUAAAACCUAGAUUCGAAAAUUAAAGGCUGGCAUCAUGGCUUGGUAGCCCAACCCAGGCCACAGACUUCAAUGCUGAUUGUGAGGGUGAAAAUAAGAUUCAGAUCCAAGCAUAAAAAAGGAUACAAUUUUAAAAAAUGAAGUUGCUCAAACAAGUAUUGUGAAUGCAUGCAGGCCUCUAGUUCUUCAAAUUAACCUGCAAGCAAUCAGGCUCUAAAACCAUAUGUGAUGUUGGUGACACCUUGCUGAAAAGCCAAAGUGCCAAGCACAACAAUCAUCUCAAAAGCCAUGGACACCUUUUGAUUUUUAUAAGAUCCAUACAUGAAUUCAGGUAAGCUGUGCUUCCUUGUAAACAUUUCUUUCAAAAUUUGACUGCAUCUCUAUGAUCUGAUGCAUUCUUGAUUUAAAACUU